UUAUCAAACAUUUCCUCUCAGGUUUGUUUCCAACGACUUUUAGACUCCACAGCUUGGAACCGUGAACACACUUAAGGAUUAAAAACAACCGACACAAGAAGAACACAAGACGAGCUUUUACAGAGUCCUGGCCAGAAAUAGGAGAAUGAAGUUAUCAUACACAGUUUAUCUUCUACUGAAUUUUUUAUCAUUGUACGACUGUAAUGAUUCAGCGCAGGGUUGUAUGGAUAAGCAUCGAGUGAUGGGGAUGCUGCGUCAAAUGGAGAAGUUUCUUAAAGGACACGAGAUCCGAUUCACCGAAGGGCUACGGAUUAUUAAAUCCAAACUCACAAACCUUCAAAACUCAGUGUCCAAGCUCCCACAAGCAGACCAGUCCUCGUCUCAAUCUUCAUGUCCACCUCUGUUGGCUCCGGCCCAUGGGAGGAAGUUUGGCUCAAAGUACCUGGUGGGUCAUGAGGUCCAUUUCACCUGUUCUCAGGGUUAUCGCAUGAUAGGACCAGGCACACGCGUGUGCCAUGAGAACGGUACCUGGAGCGGAGUCAGUGUCGUCUGCAAAGAUGUGAGCGUGUGCGCCAGUAACCCGUGUCAGAACGGCGGCACCUGUGUGGAGGCUCUGAACCAGUUCAAGUGCACCUGUCCACACAACUGGAGCGGGAGUCAAUGUCAAUACCAGACGCAGACAGCGCCUCCGGAGUGGAGCGUCAUGAAUGACCCAGCUUUCAGCCGAAAGCCCCGCUGUGCCAAAGUGGACCGAGCUCAACACUGCAGCUGUGACGCAGGCUUCCACAUGAGUGGCACCUCAGACAACAGCAUCUGUCAGGAUGUGAAUGAAUGUGAGGUGUAUAAGACUGAGCGUGGAGGGCCUCUGUGUGGUCACGCCUGUGUGAACGUCCCGGGAUCGUACCAUUGUUCCUGUCCCACCGGACACAAGCUGCUCGCUGAUGGAAGAAGCUGUGAGGAUGUGGAUGAAUGUCUUACACAACAGCACAACUGCAGCCAUGGCACCACCUGUAUCAACAGCGGAGGAGGUUUCCAGUGUGUUAACCCAGAGUGUCCACCCUCGCUGGGCAACAUCAGCUACGUCAAAACAUCACCUUUCCAGUGUGAAAGGAAUCCCUGUCCCAUGGAGAGCCGCUCAUGUCCGUUUGCCGCUAAGACCAUUUCUUACCACUACCUGUCUCUGCCGUCCAACCUGCGCACCCCGGCCACGCUGUUCCGCAUGGCCACUGCGACGGCUCCUGGUCGGCCGGGUCCAGACAGCCUUCGCUUUGGCAUCGCAGGCGGAGGUGACGCCCGCAGCAUGUUCGUGAUGCAGCGCUCAGACCGUCAGACCGGAGAGCUGAUCCUGGUCCAGCCGCUGCGAGGCCCGCAGGAGCUCAGCGUGGAGGUGGAGAUGUCUGAAUACGCUGACCGCACUUUCCAAGCCAAACAUCUGGCACGGGUCAACCUUCUGAUUUCACCCUACGAGUUCUGAAGAGGCUGGCCGCUGUCUAGAUUGAGUGUUGAU